GAAGCUACCUCUGUGUUAUAAUUGUGAUCUUUUUACUCGUUGCACAAUAGCUAGGGUUUUCACCCACUGAAAUUGGUUCCAAUCUGCAGAUGUUCUCUUCCACAUAUGACUCCAACCUUUUUCCAAACUUCCCUUCUUCUUCUUACCCUAUCCUUCCUUUUCUCAUUGAUCCUGAAAAUGAUUUUGCAAGCAACACCCUUUUUGAUGACCCUCUUCUUGUUCCCUUCACACCCAUCACCCAUGAUCCUCCAUUUCCUGAAGAGACUGUUGCUAAUUUUGCAGUUGCUGACUGCACUGCCAUUCUUGAACAAGAUGCAAACACUAACUAUGGUUCCCACAAUGGUAGCAUGUCCAAUUUUCUGACCCAGAAACCAGCCAUAGCAAAGAAAGACAGGCACAGUAAGAUUCACACAUCUCAGGGUUUGAGGGACCGUAGGGUGAGAUUAUCAAGUGAAAUAGCCCGCAAGUUCUUUGAUCUUCAGGACAUGUUAGAGUUUGACAAACCAAGUAACACCCUUGAGUGGCUUUUCACAAAGUCUGAGAAUGCGAUCAAAGAACUAGCCCAAAGUAAGCAUAGCGGCAGUAUUAGUGGGGGUGACAAGUGUUCCCGCGACGCUUCUGUGGAUUCAAAUAACAACAAAUCAUUGGCGGGUAGUGGGGUUGAUGGUUCCAAAGGGAGGAAGUCAAAAUCGGCACAGAAGGAUGAUGCUUGUGUUCAGACCAAAAAGGAGUCAAGGGAAAGGGCAAGAGCAAGAGCAAGAGAGAGGACUUGCUACAAAAUGUGUAGCACUAGAAGGGUGCAGCAAGACUUUGAUGAAAGGUGCCCUGUAACUGCAAACACUCAAAUGCUGCACCAAUUGAGGUCAUCCAUUCUGCCUGAACCUGAAGCUUACGCGAGAUGGGUUCAGCCUUAUAACCCUUUUCUCAUUCAUAAUGAAGCACCCAGAGAUGGCUUUGACGUCAUUGAAGAAUCUAUUAUGAUUAAAAGGAAUAUGAAGCCGUCAACUGUGAUGGCUUCUCAUCACCAAAACCAAAACCAAAACCAAAGCCAAAACCUUGUGAUCCCUAGGGAUGCAAGUUUCAACAACAAUGUGUGCCCCUUGCUACCCUAUUCCACUCCAGACUGGGACACUAAUGGGGCCUUUACUGGAUACUCCAACUUUUGUUCAAUAGGAACCAUGAACCUAUCUACAUGUUUCAUGAACCCGUGAUUUGUAGAGCUUCAUUCAAACCUUUGGAAAUUCUUGGGAGGAGUGCAUCAAUCAGAGUCGACAUAACUGUGCUAGUUUUCGGUAAAAUCUGAUCAGAAUGAAAUCCUCGAGUGUGCUUUGCCUUGUAAUCAUCAUCUCAUAGUUCUGUGUUUCUUCUCUCUAUCAGCAACUUUUUUCUGCCCUAUAUUCCCAUUUUACAAUGUUUGUACUGAUUCUUGCUGAUAAGCAGCCAAUGGCAAGUGAAAGUUCGUAUACAGGUUUGCUGCGUCCUGCGUGUAUUAUAUCUGUCUAAUAUUUAAAGUUUGAUUGAACAAGUAUUA